AUGGCCUCUAAAGCUCUCUGUCGCGGCCAAUUGCGCCUGGCAUGGGUUGCAGGCGAGAAUCCAUGUCAGCGUCUGAGCUUAAAGAGCUAUCACCAUCACCAGAGAUACCACCAACAGCAGCAGAUCAGACUGUCAUCCAGCUCAACAUCUGCCCUCGCGUACAAGGCUCUUCACAGGCGCUCACCUCCUCCGCUACCCGUCUCUGAUACAUCGCCGCAAUGGUCUGCUCCCGCCGCAGUGUCCUCCAUUCUUUACGAGACCCCUGUUCCGUCCACCAAGCCUCCGAAGCGCCAUGUUCUUAACUGCCUUGUACAGAACGAACCUGGCGUGCUGUCUCGCAUUUCCGGGAUCCUAGCUGCGCGAGGCUUUAACAUUGACAGUCUUGUCGUAUGUAAUACCGAAGUCGAGGACCUGUCAAGAAUGACCAUCGUGUUGCGCGGCUUGGACGGCGUUGUCGAGCAGGCUCGCCGCCAGCUGGACGACCUUGUCCCUGUCUGGGCUGUCCUAGACUACACAGACUCUGCCCUCGUCCAGCGAGAGCUGCUGUUGGCGAAGGUCAGCAUCCUGGGACCCGAAGUCUUUGAGGAGCUGCUUCAGCAUCACCAGGAAAUGUCUACUCCCGAGAGUGAUACCAAUAACCCGUCCUCCGAAGAAGCUCAGCAUCGAGAAAUGCACAAGGUGGACGGGUCACUGUCUGAAAUUGCCGACUAUCAUCCAAAUAGACUGGCUGCCAGUGAGGCUCUUCGACAUAAGCAUGAGCACUUAGAGGCUAUUACUCAUCUGACACAUCAGUUCGGAGGAAAGGUGCUGGAUAUUAGUACCAACAACUGCAUUGUUGAGCUCUCCGCGAAACCCAGCCGUAUCAACUCGUUCCUUAAGCUUAUCUCGCCUUUUGGUAUCCUCGAGUCUACUCGAACUGGUCUCAUGGCCCUGCCUCGUUCUCCUUUGACCUCGCCAGCUGAGGAGGUCGAAAAAGAAGCUGCCGACAUUGUCGAUACAAGCACCCUACCACCCGGUUAA